AAACCUCAGACUCAGAACCACUUGACUUCAGAUAGAACCUGCACUGCAUUUGUUGAAAACUGAGUGUGUCUGGGUAACUAGCAUGCACUACAUUCCCUAUAUUAACUUACCUAGCCCUCACCAUUUUGGGGACCUUCGGCAGUGGCUACCUGUGGUACUCAGAGGGGAGAAGCCAGAUUUCUUUGACACAAAUGCAGCCAACCAGAACCUUGCUAAGAGCAGACAAGUACGGAAUGUGGAUAUCACCCCAGUGCCUGUUGACUGUGAGCUGUCCAGCUGGUCCUCUUGGACCGUGUGUGACCCCUGUCAGAAGAAAAGGUACAGACAUGCUUACUUGCUCCGGCCUUCCCAGUUCCAUGGGGAAUUGUGUGACUACUCUGACAAGGAAGUUGAAGACUGUGUUACCAGUCGACCAUGCAGAAAAGUGCAAUGUGAAGGCUUUGUGUGUGCACAGACAGGGAGAUGUGUGAAUCGCAGACUCCUCUGCAAUGGAGACAAUGACUGUGGAGACCAAUCAGAUGAAGCAAACUGUAGGAGGAUUUAUAAAAAAUGUCAACAUGGAAUGGAACAGUACUGGGCGAUUGGCAAUCUGGCCAGCGGGAUAAACCUGUUCACAAACACACUUGAGGGCCCAGUUCUUGAUCACCGGUAUUAUGGUGGUGGAUGCUCCCCCCACUACAUCCUGAACACCAAGUUUAGGAAGCCAUACAACGUGGAAGGCUACACUCCACAGACCCAAGGCAACUAUCAAUUUGCACUUACAGAAUAUGAAUCAUAUUCAGAUUUUGAAAGCAAUGUGACAGAGAAAGAAACCAGCAAGUCUAGUUUCAAGUUUGGUUUUAAAAUAAUUAGCAAGUUUGAGUUUGGAUUUAAAGAAGACAGCAACAAAGGCAGACAUUACAUCAGCAGACUCAAACGAUUCUCGCACACUAAAAGCAAGUUUCUGCACGCACGCUCUGUCCUUGAAGUGGCCCACUACAAGCUGAAGUCAAGAAACCUCAUGCUCCAUUAUGAAUUCCUCCAGAGGGUGAAGAGCCUGCCCCUAGAGUACAGCUACGGGGAGUACCGAGAUCUCCUUCGUGACUUUGGGACUCACUUUAUCACCGAGGCCGUGCUUGGGGGCAUUUACGAGUACACACUUAUCAUGAACAAAGACAUCAUGGAGCAAGGAGAUUACACUUUUGACAAUAUUUCUGCCUGUGUUGGAAAACAGUUCCAAAUUGGUGGUGCCAUCUCCAAAGUCUACCUCAAAUUGGGUGUGUCAGAAAAGAAAUGCAAUGAUAUUCUGAAUGAAAUCAAAGACAGAAACAAGCGGAACACCAUGGUAGAAGACUUGGUAGUUCUUGUGCGAGGAGGGACAAGUGAAUACAUCACCACCUUGGCAUACAGAGAGCUACCAACAGCUGAACUGAUGCGGGAAUGGGGAGAUGCUGUGCAGUACAACCCAGCAAUCAUCCAAAUCAAGGCUGAGCCCCUAUAUGAGCUUGUGACAGCCGCAGACUUUGCCUACUCCAGCACAGUGAAGCAGAACAUAAAGAAGACCCUAGAGGAAUUCCAGAUGGAGGUCAGCUCCUGCCACUGUGCUCCUUGCCAAGGCAAUGGAGUCCCUGUUCUGAAAGGAUCUCGCUGUGACUGCAUUUGCCCUGCUGGUUUCCAAGGCAUAGCCUGUGAGAUCACCCAUCGGAAAGAUAUCCCCAUUGAUGGGAAGUGGAGUUGCUGGUCUGACUGGUCUGCAUGCUCUGGAGGACAUAAAACAAGACAAAGGCAGUGUAACAAUCCGCUCCCUCAGAAAGGAGGCAGACCCUGUUCAGGCCCUGCUUCAGAAACACUCAACUGUUAAAGGAGGGAGCAGACCCAGUGACCCGGCACGAGCUCUGGACCUCACAAACUCAGCCAAGCUUACCACACAUCAGCUCCCACCCAGGGCUGCCACAACAAAAGGCAAUGCCACUCUGUCCUUUAAAGAUUUUAGUUUGUUCAGUGCAUGUUAAUUUGAAUAAAUAGUGAGUUGAGCAAAACCCUAAGUCCUUGCAAGGUAAAGCAUCUUUGUAAAUCUCCCUUUGCCAUCUCUGCACUCUUGGUAACCUCACAUGGUCUAGGAGCCAGAAAUUAUCUUGGUCACCAAGUAGUGGCAAAGGUACAUAGUAGGUGUCUAAUAAUGAGACAGUAAAUUGGUAAGACGUUGUUCAUCCCUUGGUAAGCACACAGUCUUGGUCAGUAAUAAAGACAGCCAGUCCUUAUGGGA